GCUGUGUGCUGCAGUAGCCUACUGAGCAGAGGACUGAAAGAGGAACACAAAUGGAGAACAAAGUGGAAAAGAGGGAACAGUGGACGAGGAAAAGGGAAUAUAUUCUGGCAGCAGCAGGCAAUGUGGUGGGCCUGGGCAAUGUGUGGAGAUUCCCCUACCUAUGCUAUAAGAACGGAGGAGGUGCCUUUCUGGUGCCGUAUUGUUUCUUUGCCCUGCUGUGUGGCGUGCCGCUUUACCUGAUGGAGACCGCGAUUGGUCAGUACACACAAGAGGGCUCCAUGACCUGCUGGAGCAAGCUCUGCCCCCUGGCACAGGGUACUGGCUAUUCUUAUAUAGUGAUCCAACUUUAUUCCCGAGUCUACACCAUUAUCCUGGCUUGGGCCCUCCUCUACCUCAUCUAUUGCUUCAGAGACCCUCUGCCCUGGGCCACCUGCAACAAUCCCUGUAACACAGACAGAUGUGUGGACCUCACCUCCUUAAAUUCUACUCAAACACACAGAGGCAACCAGUCAGUAAACUGGACAUCUGGAAAUCUCACCAAGUCUUCAGUCUCUGAGUUCUGGGAGAGAGGCGUGUUGUCUAUGUCUGGGGGAAUAGAGGAGUUGGGUGGAGUGCAGUGGGAGGUGCUGCUGUGUCUCCUGGCUGUCUGGGUCGUUUGCUACUUCUGCGUUUGGAAAGGGGUCCGUUCCACAGGGAAGGUGGUGUAUUUCACGGCUGUGUUCCCCUAUGUGAUGCUGGCCAUCUUGCUGGUCAGGGGGUUGACGCUGCCGGGGGCCUGGCAGGGUGUGGUCUACUACCUGUAUCCAGAUCCUUCUCGCCUGGCGGACCUUCAGGUGUGGAUGGAGGCUUGUGCCCAGGUCCUCUUCUCCUAUGGUGUCGCAUCAGGAACCCAUAUCACAUUGAGCAGCUACAACAAAGUCACAAACAACUGUUACAGGGACAGUGUGUGGUUAUGUGUGCUCAAUAGUUGCACCAGCUUAGUUUCCGGGUUUGCAGUCUUCUCAUGUCUCGGAUUCAUGGCCGAAAAACAGGGCAUUCCCAUCGAAAAGGUCGUCACAUCAGGCCCGGGGCUAGCAUUCAUCGCUUUUCCUCAGGCUGUUGCCAUGAUGCCCGUGCCUCAGCUGUGGGCCGCCUGCUUCUUCAUUAUGCUCAUUCUGUUGGGACUGGACACUGUGUUUGCAGGUUUGGAAACGUUAACAUCAUCAAUGAUUGACAUGUUCCCUGGACAGAUGCGCAGACCUUGGCGCAGAGAAAUUCUCCUCGUAGUCUUCAGCUCUUUCACCUUCCUGUUACAGAUCACUCUCACCACACAGGGAGGAGUAUACCAGUUCGAGCUGAUUGAUUACUAUGGUGCCAAUGGGAUAUGUGUGCUAUUUGUGUCUUUGGUCCAGUGUGUGGCUGUUGGCUGGGCCUUCGGGGCUGAGAGGAUAUGUGAUGCACUUGAAGACAAGACGGGACAGAGGCCGGGGGUCUUCUACACUGUGUGCUGGCGUUACGUCACCCCUCUGAUCUGCACUGUUUGCUUCAUCGGCUUCUUUCUGGAUUUCCAGCCUCUGAAAACAAGCGACGGCUCUGUGUACCCAAACUGGGCCUACAACCUGGGCUGGGCCAUAGCCAUCUCCUCUGUGGUCACAAUACCCAUCUGGGCUGUCAGCAAGAUCUACUUCACAGAGGGCUCUUUCAGACAACGUCUGUUGGUGCUGUGGCGUCCUGUUAGUGAUCCUGUUGGUCCCAAAACAAAAGAAGAACGUUCCCUGAAUGAGACAGAAAUGAAGUCGUUGUCCGCCCCUUUCCCUGACAUGUUAUGAGUCAAUAUAGUAUGCAGGGGCGGACUGGGACUACAAAUCAGCCCGGGACUCUCGACCGGCCCACUUCGGUACCGCCGGCCCACCUCGGUACCGCAAGUAAAUACCGUUAGUAAAUUGUCGACAGGGGGACGGACGGGGGACGGGGGUGCUAGUGACUUAUCCGACCGGCCCACAUUGUCCGACUGGCACACUUCAGUACCGGCCCUGAUAGUAUGUAUCGAUGAUGCAUGUCUGUUAAAGAAGACAACAUUUGAGUCUCUUAAGUCAUCAUGUGGAGUUUACAUUCACUCUUUCAUAGCAAAAUACAUAGUUUGUAUUUUGAUGCCUAUUAAACGUGUCCAUUUACUAACCUCAUAAGAUUUUUUUCCUGCCCACUGCAAUAACUCUGUACAAUAAAUCACCUCUGGCUGGAAGAGAACUCUCUGCUCCAUAGUUUC